AUGGAAGUUGAGUUUACGAUGCGCAUCUCCUACCUGGAGCUGUACAACGAGGAGCUGUGCGACCUCCUCUCCACCGAUGACUCACCAAAAAAACGCAUCUUCGACGACAGCACAAAGAAGGGUUCGGUGAUCAUCCAGGGCCUCGAGGAGAUCACUGUCCAGAGCAAGGACGAUUUCUACAAGCUCCUGGAGAAGGGCAAGCUCAAGGCACGCGGUAUGAUGCCCACAUCAGAGUCCUACAAAAGGGCCAAAAGCCAAAGACAAAAGACAGAGGACUUCAACUCCGCGGUCUCAUUCCCCACCAUCGUGUGCGUCUUGCCAGUACCCGUCUGUCCGUAUGCGAACACCGUGCAAUUGUAG